CCAAACAUUGCCCAGAAGAGGAUGCAAGGCUCACUAGAGGCUCAUGUCAAUGGUUUCCGCUUCACAUCUGUUAGAGGAGAUAAAGUGGAUAUUCUGUACAAUAAUAUUAAACAUGCUUUGUUCCAGCCCUGUGAUGGAGAAAUGAUUAUUGUCUUGCACUUUCACCUCAAGAAUGCCAUCAUGUUUGGGAAGAAGCGGCAUACAGAUGUGCAGUUCUACACAGAAGUGGGAGAGAUCACCACUGACUUGGGGAAACAUCAGCACAUGCAUGACCGAGAUGACCUCUAUGCUGAGCAGAUGGAAAGAGAAAUGAGGCAUAAACUGAAAACAGCUUUUAAAAAUUUCAUAGAAAAAGUAGAGGCUCUGACAAAGGAGGAACUGGAAUUUGAAGUGCCUUUCAGGGACUUGGGAUUUAAUGGGGCUCCCUAUAGGAGUACUUGCCUCCUCCAGCCCACUAGCAGUGCGCUGGUAAAUGCUACAGAAUGGCCACCUUUUGUGGUGACACUGGAUGAAGUGGAGCUUAUCCAUUUUGAGAGGGUCCAGUUUCACCUAAAGAACUUUGAUAUGGUAAUUGUCUACAAGGACUACAGCAAGAAGGUGACAAUGAUCAAUGCCAUUCCUGUAGCCUCUCUUGACCUCAAGGAAUGGUUGAAUUCUUGUGACCUAAAGUAUACAGAAGGAGUACAGUCCCUCAAUUGGACUAAAAUCAUGAAGACCAUUGUGGAUGACCCUGAGGGCUUCUUCGAACAAGGUGGCUGGUCUUUCUUGGAACCUGAGGGUGAGGGGAGUGAUGCUGAGGAAGGGGAUUCAGAGUCUGAAAUCGAAGAUGAGACUUUCAACCCUUCAGAGGAUGACUAUGAAGAGGAAGAGGAGGACAGUGAUGAAGAUUAUUCAUCAGAAGCUGAAGAAUCAGACUAUUCCAAGGAAUCACUGGGCAGUGAAGAAGAGAGUGGGAAGGAUUGGGAUGAACUGGAAGAAGAAGCCCGAAAAGCGGACCGUGAAAGUCGUUACGAGGAAGAAGAAGAACAGAGUCGGAGUAUGAGCCGGAAGAGAAAGGCAUCUGUACACAGUUCAGGCCGUGGCUCUAACCGUGGUUCCAGACACAGCUCUGCACCCCCCAAGAAAAAGAGGAAGUAACACUGAACUUUUUGACCCUCAGCUCCAUUCUUCCUCCAGCCAACUCCUAAAAAUUUUACAUGACAUUGAAACUGUAUUUUUCCUUUUGUUUUCUUUCAAGUUUUGCCAUUUGUGUUCAUGGGUUUAGAGGGCCAUAUGUGUGGACCAAUCUACUCGGGGAAUUCCAGGCCCACCAGGACAUGUGCCAGUGGCCCAUUCAGAUGGCAAGGGAGGAGGAGGUGUUCUUGAAGAAGGGCGGAGGUUCCCGCUGUUAAAAAUACCGUUCAUCCCUCUCUUCCUGUCACCUUCUGCCAGGACAUCAGUGGCUUCUGACAUCUUAUCUUUGGUGUCUCAAAGCUGUACUUCCAAGACAUUGGUACACAGUGAUCCUUUACUGCCUGUGUACCAUGGUUCUUGACCAGCAGGUUCAGUCCUCCAUCCUACCCUACUGCCAUGACCUUCCACGCAUCUCUUUAAGUUCCGUCUUUACAGUACUCAAGAAAAGGUUCUUGGAAUGUGCCAAGAAUUGUGAUAAAACCAUACAACUUGAGCUAGUGAGGCAGAUUGGGCUGCUGCCUUCAUCUUGAGUUCUCCUGUUUUCUUGCCUCAUGCGUAUUCUGAGGUAUUUCUGCUGCCUUGGAAGACAUACGAAGCAGUGACACUCCCUGGCUCCAUUUUUCUCCUUACAAGUUGACACAUGGUACAAUGAUAGAAGGCAAAAUUACUGCUGUCUCUUCUGAGAUAUCUAAGGAAGAAUGGUUGUGCCUCAUAGACUACUCCAAGUGAAAUCUAGAGGGUGGCUCAAAGGAUUCAACAUUUAGAUCUGGAAGGGGCAAGUCAUGCCUUGGGCCUAGAAUAUCUUGAUGAGAAAAGAGAAGAGGAAGGGAGGCCAUGUCUACAACACAGCCUCUUGGCACUGCUGCUUCUUAUUUUUACUUGUCCUGCAUUGUCCUAUAUUUAUCAAAGUUUCUGUUGAACAGCUUUUUAAGUAUGGGGAAAUUUUUCUUGCCAUCCUCCCCUUCUGGUUCUCUGCACCCACCUGUCCCACUGCACUUCCUUCCGUGUUCUGUGACUUUAAGAGAAUAGGGGGAGGGGGUCUCAUAUUUUAUGUUUGUCUGUUUGUUUGUUUUUCUCCUUAGCAGUAGAACUUGAUAUUUUCAAUUUUGGAAGAACUAAAUGAUAAAUAAA